AAACAGUUCCAUUAAACGGGGCGGCACAACCAAUUCUGCAUAUAUACCAGAGGUGCAGAUUAACCCCUUUCAUCGACAGGAUCAUACAGCAACCAUGAUUUCUCUGGUCUUCGUUCUGCUCAUUGGAGCCGCUUUCGCCACGGAGGACGACAAGAUCGUUGGAGGGUAUGAGUGCAAGGCCCACUCCCAGCCCCACCAGGUGUCUCUGAACUCUGGGUACCACUUCUGUGGUGGCUCCUUGGUCAAUGAGAACUGGGUUGUGUCUGCUGCUCACUGCUAUGAGUCCCGUGUGGAGGUGCGUCUGGGCGAGCACAACAUCAAGGUGACUGAGGGUAGCGAGCAGUUCAUCUCUUCAUCCCGCGUGAUCCGUCACCCCAACUACAGCUCCUACAACAUCGACAAUGACAUCAUGCUGAUCAAGCUGAGCAAGCCCGCCACCCUCAACACCUACGUGCAGCCUGUUGCUCUGCCCAGCAGCUGUGCCCCCGCUGGCACCAUGUGUACCGUCUCUGGAUGGGGCAACACCAUGAGCUCCACCGCUGACAAGAACAAGCUUCAGUGCCUGAACAUCCCCACCCUGUCCUACAGCGACUGUAACAACUCCUACCCUGGCAUGAUCACCAACUCCAUGUUCUGCGCUGGAUACCUGGAGGGAGGCAAGGACUCUUGCCAGGGUGACUCCGGUGGCCCCGUGGUGUGCAAUGGUGAGCUUCAGGGUGUUGUGUCCUGGGGUUACGGAUGUGCUGAGCCCGGUAACCCCGGUGUCUACGCCAAGGUGUGCAUCUUUAAUGACUGGCUGACCAGCACCAUGGCCACCUACUAUCCUGACAUCAUCAAUGAAAUUAAGAACUAUGACAAGUUUAUCCAAUCAGAGAAUGCAGCCAAGGUCAAGGAGGACCUGGAUCUCCUAGAGAAUGUGACACUUAACAUCGCUGUGACAGGGAAAAGUGGGUCAGGAAAGUCCACUUUCGUUAACGCCUUACUUGGACUGGAUGGGGACGAGGGAGCAGCAGAAACCAGAGUGAUGGAGACCACCAUGAAGGCCAUUAGAUGCUCCCACCCCACCAUGACUAAUGUGAAAAUCUGGGACCUGCCUGGUAUCAGCACCCCAAACUUUAAAGCAAAGAAUUACAUGAAGGAGGUCAAGUUUGAAACCUACGACUUCUUCGUCAUCAUCGGCACAGUGAGGUUCAAAGAGAACAACAUCAUGCAGGCCUCAGAGAUGAAGAAGAUGUUCUACUUUGUCCGUUCGAAGAUCGACAAUGACAUCCGAGCUGAGGCAUGGAAGAAGAACUACAGGGAGGAAGAUUUGCUCUCCAAGAUCAGACAUAAUUGUGAGGAGAACCUGAAGACCAUAGGGAGCCCAAAAGUCUUCCUCAUCUCCACCUUUGAGCUGGGGAAGAGCAAGAUGUCUGAUGAAAACUUAUAUGAGGAUCUUGACAUCGUCAAGGAAAUGAAGAACUACGAAAAGUUUACCCCGACAGAAAAUGCAGCCAAAGCAAAGGAGCACCUGGAUCUGCUGGAGAACGUGACCCUUAACAUUGCUGUGACAGGGGAGAGCAGGGCGGGAAAGUCCACCUUUGUUAAUGCCUUACUUGGACAAAGGGGCAUGAGGUUCAAAGAGAACAACAUCAUGCUGGCCAAAGAGAUCCAGAAUAUGAAGAAUAUAUUUUACUUUGUCCGGUCGAAGAUUGACAACGACAGCCGAGCUGAGGCAUGGAAGAAGAACUACAGGGAGGAGGAUUUGCUCUCCAAGAUCAGACAGAAUUGUGAGGAGAACCUGAAGACCGUAGGGAACCCCAAAGUUUUCCUCAUCUCCACCUUUGAGCUUGGGAAGUACGAUUUCCAGAAGCUAAUCUACUCUCUGGAGGAAAACCUCUCAGAGCACAAGAGUCCAUGUGUGUGUCCAGGUGUCUUUGAUCAGCCAGUGUUCACCGGACAGACAGACACCAUGAGACUGCUCGCUCUGAUACUGCUGGUUGGAGCUGCUGCGGCAGUGCCCCGUGAGGAUGGUAAGAUCAUCGGUGGCCAGGAGUGUGAACCUCACUCCCGACCCUGGAUGGCCUCCCUUAACUACGGGUACCACUUCUGCGGAGCCGUGCUCAUCAAUGAGCAGUGGGUGCUCUCUGUCGCUCACUGCUGGUACAACCCCUACGCUAUGCAGAUCAUGCUUGGAGAGCACAACCUGCGUGUGUUUGAGGGAACUGAGCAGCUCAUGAAGACUCAAAACAUAAUCUGGCAUCCCAGCUAUGACUACCAGACGCUGGACUAUGACAUGAUGCUGAUCAAGCUGUUCCACCCUGUGGAGAUCACUGAUUAUGUGAAGCCCAUCCCGCUGCCCACCAGCUGCCCAUACGCAGGCCUCCCCUGCUCUGUCUCUGGCUGGGGCAACAUUGCCACUGGAGAGGAGGUAAACAUGCCCGCCCGUCUGCAGUGUCUGGAUGUGCCCAUACUGGAGGAUGAGAAGUGUGAGAUGGCCUACCCUGGCAUGCUCACCCGCAGGAUGGUGUGUGCCGGAUACAUGGACGGAGGCAGAGACGCAUGCAACGGGGACUCUGGCAGUGGUCUAGUGUGUUUGGGUGAGGUUCAUGGCCUGGUGUCCUGGGGUCAGGGCUGUGCCGUGCCCGGAUACCCCGGAGUCUAUGUCAAAGUGUGUGAGUUCCUCCCCUGGAUCGAUGAGACCAUGAAGGCCAACAUGUAACACCACUAGCUGCUUUCCUCCCUGUCUCUCAGACCUCCACUCCUCUAAACUCUUCCUCCCUGUCUCUCAGACCUCCACUCCUCCAAACUCUUCCUCCCUGUCUCUCAGACCUCCACUCCUCCAAACUCUUCCUCCAUGUCUCUCAGACCUCCACUCCUCCAAACUCUUCCUCCCUGUCUCUCAGACCUCCACUCCUCCAAACUCUUCCUCCCUGUCUCUCAGACCUCCACUCCUCCAAACUCUUCCUCUCUUUCUCUCGUUCUCCUCCAAGUUUGAUACUAAAGUGGAAUCAGCACAGAGUGUAAGCAUGUCAAACACAAUAAAGCCUGAAGUUACACUA